AUGGCUCACGUGGACAAAGCAGCCCGCCCGUUGUCCAAAACUGGAUCAACCCUCUAUGCAGUGCUGGAACUUAAGAAGGGUGCUUCACCUGAAGACGUCAAAAAGGCCUACAGGAGACUGGCCUUGAAGUAUCAUCCAGACAAGAAUCCAGGGGACCCUCAAGCAGCAGAAAUAUUCAAGGAGAUCAACACAGCCCACUCCGUACUGAGUGACCCUAAGAAGCGGCAAAUUUACGACCGGCAUGGCUCAUUGGGAAUAUAUAUAUACGACCACUUUGGCGAAGAAGGCGUCACAUACUAUUUUACGCUGAAUAGCUGUUGGUUCAAGAUGCUUGUCCUCCUGUGUGCUCUGCUUACCUGUUGCUGUUGCUGCUGCUGCUGCUGCUUUUGCUGUGGAACACUUAAGCCACCACCCGAGGAAGCAGCUAAGAAAAAAUAUGAGCCGAAUGUCCAGAAUCAGCCUCCAAGGCCAGGACACAGAGAACAUUUUAGAAGAGGGGAAGAUAAUUCUAGUGAUGAUAAUUAUUAA